GGCGUAGGACCUCGUCCCGUCGCGACUCACCGCAAGGCGGGGACUGUUGUUGAGGGGCUUCGGCCGUCAGAGUAGACAUGGGGGCCGGCCGCACGGGGGCUGUGCUUGCCGCCCUGGGAGUACUUAGUGUCUGUGCGGCCAGCGGCUCAAGGCCCGUGGCGGAGGGGGAGACCGGCGGGGAGGUGGAGUGGGCGGAGCCGUGGGACGGCGCAGUUUUCCGGCCUCCCUCCGCGCUGGGCGCAGUGGGGGUGGCGCGCGGUCCGGGGACCCCGCGGCCGGGGAGGGGGGAGGCGGUGGACCUGCCGGUGCUGCUAUGGUGGAGCCCAGGGCUGUUUCCUCACUUCCCGGGCGACUCGGAGCGCAUCGAGUGCGCGCGCGGCGCGUGCGUGGCGUCCCGGGACCGACGGGUGCGGGGAGACUCGCGGACGCGCGCGCUACUCUUCUACGGCACCGACUUCCGCGCGUCCGAAGCGCCGCUGCCGCGCUUGGCGCACCAGAGCUGGGCGCUCCUGCACGAGGAGUCGCCCCUCAACAACUUCUUGCUGAGCCACAGUCCGGGCAUCCGCCUCUUCAAUCUUACCGCCACCUUCAGCCGUCACUCGGACUACCCGCUGCCGCUGCAGUGGCUGCCCGGGACCGCGUAUCUGCGCCGCGCGGCGCCUCCGCUCCCGGAACGCGCGGACUGGCGCCGCCGGGGCUACGCGCCGCUGCUCUAUCUGCAGUCCCACUGCGACGUGCCUGCGGACCGGGACCGCUACGUGCGCGAGCUCAUGCGCUACAUCCCGGUGGACUCAUAUGGGAAAUGCUUGAAGAAUCGGGAGCUGCCCACGCCGCGGCUACAGGACACAGCCACAGCCACCACUGAGGAUCCAGAACUCUUGGCCUUCUUGUCCCGCUAUAAGUUUCAUUUGGCCCUCGAAAAUGCCAUCUGUGACGACUACAUGACGGAAAAACUGUGGCGCCCCAUGCACCUCGGUGCUGUGCCUGUGUAUCGCGGCUCUCCCUCUGUGAGGGACUGGGUGCCCAACAAUCACUCCAUCAUCCUCAUUGACGACUUUGAGUCGCCGCAGAAGCUGGCAGAGUUUAUUGACUUUCUGGACAAAAAUGAUGAGGAAUAUAUGAAAUACCUGGCAUACAAGCAACCUGGGGGCAUCACCAACCAGUUCCUUCUGGAUAGUCUGAAGCAGCGGGAGUGGGGAGUGAAUGAUCCUUUACUGCCUAACUACCUUAGUGGCUUCGAGUGUUUCGUCUGUGACCACGAACUGGCUCGGCUGGAUGCCGAGAAGGCCCAUGCAGCCUCUCCUGGGGACAUCCCUGUCCCUGAGCCUCAUAUUGCCCAGCCCUCACACAUGGACUGCCCAGUGCCCACACCUGGCUUUGGCAGUGUGGAAGAGAUUCCUGAGAAUGACAGCUGGAAGGAGAUGUGGCUGCAAGAUUAUUGGCAAGGCCUGGACCAGGGGGAAGCUCUCACUGCCAUGAUCCACAACAAUGAAACACUGCAGAGGAAAUUUUGGGAUUACCUAACUGAGAUCUUCAUGAAAAGGAACCAAAAUCUCUAAUUACUCUUGCAAGAGUCCUUAACUUGAUAGAGCUAAGGAGAUGGAAGUCCUUAUUCUACCAUGGGACAUGAAGGGUAUCUGCUAUGCAAGUUCUUAAUGAACACUGUCUUACCAUGAAUUCAAAGAAUAAGUUAUAUCUACUGAUAUUUUAUCCUAAAGAUGUGUAGCCAGGGUCUCAGUCUAUGGUAAUAGGGCCUCUCCUCAAGGAGAGAUGGAGGCAUCCAGUUCUUGGUUUAGUGGGAACCAGAAGCCUGAAACACCCAUUUGAUUAAAGGUGCUGAUCAACAAAAAUUUUAAAGAACUGCUUAUUUCUCUAGCCAUAUCAUCCUCUCAGUCAUGAUUGGGACAACACGUUAGUACUUGGCUGUGAAUGAGGUAAGAUGGGCCAGGUUUAGCGUCUUUAGAAAACUACUGUGCUAUUCCUCAAACCACUCAUUAUUCAGUACCUUUCCCAAUCUCUUUUCCUCAUCUCUUGCUUUAUAAACUGUUACGUUGGUGGUGAAGCAAAACUCCUGGUGGGUUGUAUUCUGGCUCUCUGGAGUUGUAUUUUUUAUAUCAUUUACUUUGCUUUUCAUGUCAACCUUUUCAUUUUGAAUGGCUUUUUCUUUCCUGGUUUUCCACAAUUUCUGUUGGAGACGGAGUAGCCUUGCCACUAUUCCCACAUUCGUUUUCCCCAGCAUUAAACUGCCUGUAGAUUUGACAGCUUUUCUUACUGCUGGUUUGCUUCUUAUCUAGGGCAUAUCUGAAAUUCCUUCUCAACUCAUGAGUAGAAAGAUUCAGUGGCUAAUAAAUGUCAUGCCAAUUUAAUGAAUUGUCCUGCUCUGUUUUAGAUUAGAGAUGGAGACUCAGGCUGGAAAUGACAGCAGAAAAAGCUAUAAUGAUUUUGAAAUGUUGAAAUAGGCCAAUGUGAAUCUAAGUGCAGAUUUUUAUAAGUCCUUGAUUUCUUCUGUCUGCCUAAUGAACUCUUCUAUUAUUUUUAUAUGCUACAAAAGUCCAUUUUCCCCCCAAACUCAUGAAAUUAUGGCAGAAAAAAACAGCCCAGCAAUAUAGCUCUAGUAAGUCUCUCAUAUUCUGUGGCACUUUUCACUUUAAGUGGGAUAAAUAUUCCAACUUCAUUCAUUCUAUUCCUGUUACAAUGCACAACUUUACAGUACUUACUGAGACUACAUUUUGAUGGAGCCCACCCACCUAAGCUCAAGGGCAUGAGAAGCGAAGCAAGACAUUUAAGCCAUCACAAGUGGCUGGCUAAAUAAAAAGUUGUUAGUCAGAUUUAGGGAGGUAGCCAGACCCUUCUCUUGCUGUGGUUUAAACAUACAGCUUAAUGGACAGGGAGACCAUUUGCUUUUUCUGGGGCAGUGGAACAAGAAAGAAUACCUUGGAUCUUAGAACUACCCUGGUUGUAAUAUUGUAUUAAUGAGUUAUCACUAGAGAAGUUCCAUAGCUUAUCAAUAUGUCUGGUUUAACUUAGUGUGUGUGUAUGUAUGUAUAUAUACACACAUUAAUUUACAAACAUAUAUAUAUAUAGUUGUAAAGACUGAAGAGGAAGAUGAUGCUUAUACUUCAGUACAGACUAUGUAUAAUAGAAUCUUGUCCUUCUAUAAGAUUUUGUUGGUUUUUAAUAUUUUGAGCAGACUGCUAAGCUGUUCUGUGUGUGAUAUACCAGCUUGUUUUUUUUAAAAUUAAUUCUGGUUUUUUUAAUUUUUGGCUGUGUUGGGUCUUCGUUGCUGUG